AUGCAAAGGAAAAGAUGUUGUGGUACACACAGCGCUACAUGCUGGGUAAGCUCGAUAUUCCGCACAGCAACCGAGACCGGUCGUGUUUCAGAAAAAAGAAAAGUGGAAUGGUACGAAGAUAAGGAGCAUGAUACCAGUCAACUAUCCUCGAAAGUGGCAUACGAACUGAAGAUAUUGGACCGACACAUUGCUGACAUCGAAGAAGAGAUCAACACUGCAGAAAAAAGUGCUUGCAGAAAAAAAAGAAACACUCCAAGCUUCAUCAGCAUAUUCAAAACUGCAAUGGAGAAAAUUGAAAAAACAGACGUUGUCGCUAUAGCCAAGAUGGAGGAAGAUCAACCUCGGAACAGUCACGACAAAAGACGACGUUCUUCUGAGAAUGAUUCCAGAGAUCCAACUCCGCGCAAAGUUCAACUGCUGUCAGACGAUGAUUAUAUGGAAAAACUAAUUGAGGAAAACCGCGACGACCACGACGAAGAUGACGAACGUAGCCACGCCAAAGAAGAAAGUCGGCGUAGGGAGCGCCAGGAAUAA